CAAUUGGGUUGAAUAUCCUCACGAUGGCCGAGACUCCCGCGACCGCCAACAAAGUAGUUUCUGAGCUGGAUAUCAACCCCUGGUCUGUCGCAGGUGGCACUGAUGCGAGCGGCAACGCCAUCCAAAUCGACUACGAGGCUCUUUCAAAAAAAUGGAACACAUCCCUUAUUGACCAGGCCCUUCUCGACCGCUUCGAAAAGGUCACCGGACACAAACCGCACCGCUGGCUCCGGCGCGGACUGUUCUUCAGCCAUCGCGACUUCGAGAAAAUCCUCACAAAGAAGGAGAAAGGCGAGCCGUUCUUCCUCUACACCGGUCGUGGCCCCAGUUCAGGGAGCUUGCACCUGGGACACACAAUCCCUCUUACCUUCACCAAAUGGCUGCAGGAUGUAUUUGACGUGCCCCUUGUGUUCAUGCUUACGGAUGACGAGAAGGCCCUGUUCAAGGAUAGCCUUACGUUCGAAGAGACGUUGCACUACGCUAUGGAGAACGCCAAGGACAUAAUUGCACUCGGAUUCGACCUGAAGAAGACCUUCAUUUACAGUGAUUUGAAGUAUGUCAGUAACCACAUCCUGAUGAACACCUGGGAGUUCUCGAAACUGGUCACCUUCAACCAGGUCCGUGGGGCCUUCGGAUUCAAUGAGAGCACGAACAUCGGUCGCAUUUUCUUCCCGUCUGUGCAGUGUGUUGCUGCGUUCGCUACGUCAUAUCCUGAGAUCUGGACGGACGAGCCUCUGAAGGAGCGCAAGAAGGAGAUUGCUGAGAUCCAGUGCUUGAUCCCGAUGGGUAUCGACCAGGAUCCCUACUUCCGUCUCCUUCGUGAUAAUGCGCACAAGAUGCGCUUCCCUUCUCCAAAGCCUGCACUCAUUCACUCAAAGUUCUUGACUGCCCUGCAGGGUGCUGGUGGCAAGAUGUCAUCGUCGGACCCCAACUCUGCUAUCUUUAUGACAGACACAGCUAAGCAGAUCAAGACCAAAAUCAACAAGUACGCCUUCAGCGGCGGCCAAGUCAGCAUUGAAGACCACCGCCGCCUAGGCGGAAACCCCGACGUUGACGUUUCCUACAUCUACCUGACGUACUUCGAGGAUGACGACGCCAAGCUCGAGGAGAUCUACAAGAGCUACAAGAGCGGUGAGCUCCUGACCGGUGAGCUCAAGGCGCUGGCGAUCAAGAAGCUACAGGAAUACGUCGCUGAGUUCCAGGAUCGGAGGAAGGAGGUUACGGAUGAGUUGCUCGAGAAGUACAUGACUCCCCGGCGGCUGGAGUGGAGCGGAACCGCGCACCCAAAAAUCAAAUAG